AUGCCUCCUCCCCCUCCUCCCCCUCCGCCGCCGCCGCCUGGAGGUCUAGGUGGCCCUCCCCCACCACCCCCUGCAGCAAGUUUACCCAGUAGACCAGGAAAAUCAGAAGCGAAAGGUCGUGGCGCUUUACUGUCUGAUAUCCAUAAGGGUGCUCGAUUGAAGAAAACUGUCACCAAUGAUCGAUCAGCGCCUGUUGUUGGAAAGACUGGAGGAGGUUCAGCUGCACCACCUAUGGGUGCUGCCCCUCCAGUUCCUGGUAUACGACCACCUCCCGCUGGACUUGCACCCCCACCGCGGCCAGCAGCCCAGCCCCCCCAGUUGGGCGGUCUUUUCGCAGGUGGAAUGCCCAAACUACGCAGUCGUGGUGGUGUCAACACAGGUGCCAAUAAACAAGAUUCGCCGUAUUUAUCCGACUCUGAAGCUACACGUCCAACGUCAGCUGCACCACCACCUCCCAGGCCUUCUGCCGCGCCACGACCACCUGGAGGACGGCCACCUUUCCCUCCACCUCCACCUUCUUCAGAAUCACCACCUGCGCCUCCUGUGAACCCAUUAGUCGCAAGCCUAAAGAAGAUACCGCCACGGCCCGGUUCAAGGCCAUCAUCUACGCUCUCUGCAACCAGCACCAAGUCUGCUCCUGAGAGCCCUCCACCACGCGCCCCUCUACCGCCUCCUGGGCCUGGGGCAUUCAAGCCUCCGCCCCCUCCGGUAUCUCGCAAACCAUCCGCACCUCUUCCGCCCUCUGCAGCUAGUCCGGCGGCUCCACCCCCUCCGCCUCCAUCCGCUCCUCCACCAACAACUUCAAGAGCUCCUCCUCCGCCUCCUGUUGCUCCUGGAAGGCCAACGCCUCCACCUCCAUCUGCAGCCCUGCCAUCAAUUGCUACCCAGGCUGCACGCACUGCUCUUGGAAACCAUAUAACAAGUACUCCGGCGGCACCACCCCCUCCGCCACCAUCUGCAGCUCCUGCAGCCCCCCCCCGCCUCCUCCACCAGUUUCCCCUCCUAGUGCUCCGCCACCUCCUCCAAGUGGACCACCAUCUCGCCCAUCGCCUGUUCCCUCGCGUCCUGCUCCGCAUGAACCAGUUGCACCAUUAA